UUAUUUCUAUAUAAACCCAAAAUCUCAUCUUGCAUCGAAUACCUGCCUCUGUAUCAACCAAGUCCCCAUACAAACACUUCUUGUUAGUAUCGUUUCCACCAGCACAUUUGUACAUCACGGUCAUCUCUGCCGCAUAAACCAUGGCGCCAUCACUCGUGGACCCCGUGGUAACCCACCCAGUCGGCCGCCUUCCCGUAAUCAAGAAGGAAGUCACAGAUGACAACAAAUUUGGUUACCAGCCAGGCCGAACUGUCGUGGAAAAGCAUGACAACUACCAGUACCAAGACCUUCUCCCUACUUUUCCUGAUCUUCAUUGGCUUCCGUUAGAGGAAACGCCGUAUGAGGAUAGGGGUAUCUACGGAGACGCCAAGUUCCGGCAUCUACUCCAAGACGCAACAGACGUCUUCGACUACACCCCCAAAAUCGGAACUGAAGUUCAUGGAGUGAAUCUGGCGAAGCUGAAUGACGCGCAGAAGGAUGACUUGGCUCGUUUGGUAGCUGUUCGUGGUGUGGUUUUCUUCCGAGGACAGGAUGACUUGGAUAUCGAUGCCCAGCGUGACCUGGGUAGACAUUUCGGGAAGCUGCACAAGCACGCGACCACGUCGGUCCCGAGAAGAGAGGGGUUGGAGGACGUUCACGUCGUCUACACUGGAGACAACUCCACUGACCAGCGAGCAAUGUUCACACCCAGCUUCCUUUGGCACUCAGAUGUUACAUAUGAAGUCCAGCCUCCCUCAUACACAUCGCUCAAGGUCUUGACCGGCCCGCCACGGGGAGGUGGUGGUGAUACGCUCUGGACAUCUCAAUACGCUGCAUAUGAUGCGCUAUCGCCUCAUAUGCAAACAUACCUCAAGGGCCUGACUGCUCUACACUCGGCGGAUAUGCAGGCCUCGGACUCGCAUGCUCUUGGCCGACCUGUCCGUAGAGAUCCGGUUACCACAGAACAUCCUCUCAUCCGGACAAACCCUGUCACUGGCUGGAACAGUCUGUUUUUCAAUCCUGGCUUCGUCACAAAGAUUGUGGGAAUUCCCAAGACCGAAAGCGAUGCUAUCAUCAGAUACCUCACAGAAGUUAUUGCGACAACUCAAGAGAUGCACGCGCGAUUCCAGUGGAACAAGAAUGAUGUCGCGAUUUGGGACAAUAGAACCACUAACCACUCUGCUUCUUAUGGAUUCGCUCCUCACCGUCGCCAUGCUGUGCGCGUCUGCUGCCACGCAGAGCGCCCUGUCUUGGAUCCGGCAGGAAAAUCGCAAGAAGAGGAAUUCAUCGCUCUUUACAACCUGCCGCCUGUUAACAAGGAUGGUUCUCGCCAGUCUAAUUACAAUGACUAAUUUACCAAGACUCUGGCAAAUUAUUUGAAUAUUCUGAUGCUUAGCGUGAUUCAAAGGUUGUGAGGAAUAUGAGAGCUGGCUCUCAGUACUUUCGGGCUGAUAAUCAAAUAACUAGCGAUACAUUACGGAGUUUUAAAAAUUAGGCGAACAUAAUUU